AUGAGGCAUUCAAAACGUUCUAUACGAUGUAGAGUUGUUCCGUUCAAGACGUUAACAUUACGCCAUGUUGAAGAAGGAAACCCAGAGGCACCAUCACGGCGUGAACCUCCUAUGUCUAUGCCGUUGGCAUACAUCCAAGAAUGUAUUACAGAUAUACAACAAUAUCGGACUGAAGAUGCGUUGUGGUCAAAGGAAACUUUGCGUGAGGCAUGGAAGACCCUUCAUCAAUCACUACAGACGGCCACGGAACGAGAGGAUGUUGUACAAAAGCAGCACGUGAUUGACAAUGAUCUAGUUGGUUUAGCCUUGUGCACCUCCUACGCUGAGUUGAAGCAUCUCUUAUCCAUACUCUCGCCUUCUAUACGUGAUGCCGUUACCUCUCAUCCAUCGUUUUGUCAUGCCGAGGUGGAGGAAUUUUUUUUGCAUCUUGGUCAGGAAAUGGAGGUGCGAGGUGCCGGCUGGGUGGCUCAAUUACCACCCCCAUCUGUGGGCGAACUUCAGUUUUCCAUCGAGAAGAUAGGUCGCUUUGGUGAGGAUGGACGGGGUUGUAUUCGGAACACACCGCAUCGUGUUUCCCUCUGGCGUGGCCGUCGUGGUGAGCCGCUUGGUGUUACCAUUCGAGUAGGGCGGUAUGUGCCGAACGUUGCUCAGGCUCUGAUUCCAUUAGCUCACAAGGGAAGUGUCCUAAUUCUGUCUAAGGCAGGUAUGGGCAAAACUACUCUGUUGCGCGAUCUUGCUGCCUCGCUGUCUCGUGAGCCGUCAAAGCCGCGCGUCGUUGUCGUUGAUACCUCCAACGAGAUCGGAGGUGAUUGCCCGAUCCCACUUCCGUUUUUGGGUCGGUGCCGACGGGUUCAAGUUCCCCGUCGCGAGGAUCAGGAACAAAUCAUGACCCAAAUUUUACAGAAUCACGCUCCUGAGUAUGUCAUUGUGGAUGAAAUCGCCACAGCUUCCGAGGCUGAAGCAGCUUGGUCGAUGACACAACGAGGUGUUCACCUUAUUGCGACAUGUCAUGGAGAAAGCCUUGAAGGAUUGUUGCAAAAUCAAUCGCUUAACCUUCUUGUCGGUGGCGCAGCUCAGGCGUUUCUUAGUAAUGAAGAGCGGAGGUUACGAAACAAAUCUAAAAAAACAAUUCUUGAAAGGCCCCAUUUGUCACCGUUUCGUUUUGUUGUUGAGCUAAAUGCUAGAAAUAAAGCACACGUUUAUACAGACGUUAAUGCUGCAGUGGACCUUCUCUUGGACGAUCAAGAUGCGAAGCACAACGCUUCGGUGGGGCAGACGGUUAUGUUGAACCGCCAACCUUCGGGUGAUUUACUGAGGGCAGUGGAAGACAUGAAUAAGGUAGCGCAGUUGAGUACAAACUGUCAUUUAGGAGGCUGUAGAAUGUUGGAGUCUGAAAGGGACGACGGCAGUGAUCUUUGCCACGUUAAGGUUUCUUCUAAUGGGCAAAGGUCCCAAAAACAGUGGGUGGGUGAACGCAUAAAGAAAUAUUCUCGUGGUAGGAAACGAACGGAUGAGGAAUUCUUGGAAGAUCUCCAGGAUUUUCUUUGA